AUGCAGACCUUGACCCUCCUGCUUGCCGCCGCCGCUGGCGCGGUCGUCUCUGCGAGUGCACUCCCCAAGUUCGAGCUCCGGGCCGUCAACGUCAACGACGCCGGCGCUCUGAAAACCUCGAGAGAUAAUCUGCACUACUACUGCGGGGUGGGCGGCAUAGACAAGGCAAACGCGAAAUCCUUUGAUAUCGUCAAGUUCACGGUGCAGAGUUUCAACCCGGAUAUGCCGGGCAAGCAGGACCCGGCCAAGACGUACACUCUCCCGUCGGGGCCCAGCGCCUGUCAGGCUGUGGGGUGCGCGUCAACCGACGACAAGACCGAGCCCGGGCCCGCUAUCAUCUGGUGCAAUGAUGAUCCCCACAAGAGCAAGACUAUGAAGAGGGACUAUAUCGUCGGCCAGGCAGAUGUGGUGUUAAAGAUGUGCACGGGCUCGGACAGCAAUGUCCGGGGCCAGGUGUUCGAUGAUGUCCUUGGCACCAAUGUCCUGUUGGCCACGGAAGUGUGCGUUAACGGCGGGGAUAAGCGCGAAGUCCAGAGCAAGGAGCUCACCGCCGACUCCAAGUGGGCGCACUUCCCUGACGAGGACGACGACAACGACAACGACAACGACAACGACAACGACAACGACAACGACAACGACAACGACAACGACAACGACAACGACGCCGGCGCUCUCAAGAUCGCGAGGGAUGACGCGGGGCCGAAGAACUGCGCGAAGGUUGCGUGCCUCCCCCUGCCGGGCGACAGACACGGCGCCGCCAUCUUCUGGUGUAAUGAUACUCCGAACCCAGUAGCCGCAGUUGCGGGCUACUUCCAAAACCGCGCGAAGGACGUGAUGGAUUCGUGCGGGAAUGGAGAUAUGGUCCAGGGCCAGGGGAUCGAUGAGGAUGAGGUGCCUGGCACCAAUAUCAUGGUAGGCUCAGCAGUCUGCUGA